GUUUCUUCUCUCUACUUAUUUCUCUUACUUAAUUUCCCAUAUCCUACCCACCAUUUUUCUUUUUCCAGUUUUGUCUCUACCUACAUAUAACUUCUUCUUCUUCUUCUUCUUCUUCUUCUGUCAAAAAACUUUAAUUAGCAUUUCUUUAAGUACUCAAAGAAAAGUUUAAAAGAAAAAGAUCUUAACAAUUUUAAUUUUCUUUCUUUCUUUUUGGGUAUCUCUAAACUUCACAAAUGCUGCAAGCAAAGCGUGGCCACAGAUUCUUCAAGUUUAGAUCAAUUCUGUCACUUUCUCAUGCAUCUCUUUCUAGUUCUUGAAACCUUUAAUUGAUUUCCUAUUCUGUCCUCGUUUCAUAAUAAUAUUUACUUCCCACCCUUAAUACAACUCUAUUCAUCAUUUGGAAUCUUUCCCCACCACUUUCUUUCUUAUUCUCUUGUCAAAUCCAAGAGUCUCUCUUUCUCUCUUUUCUUUACCAUUAUCUUUUCUGGCUCAAAAAUGGUUUUCAAGAAGUAUGACUUCUCACGCGCAGUUGUAGAAAUGGCAUGGAUCAUUCUUAGAAUUGAUUAUUCAAGGCUUUUCUGGCUUCUGUUUGGUGUUUUCUCUUAUGAAAAUCAUGAAGGAAAGCCUCGGAUUUAGGACUGUCUCCCUUCUAUAAUUCUAUUCUCUUAUUCAUAUAUACGUAUUUUAGUUAACCUUUUCAAAAGUGUACCUUAUUUUAUUAUUCUGGCGUGCGUACCCAUCAUAUAAAGUACUACAAAGUUUGGAUUUUUCAAGAUUUUACCAAAACAUAGUCUAUAAGGCAAUACUAAGCUAUUUUGCAACCUUUUUUCUCUUAUAAUAUAAUCAAGAAAACAUGUACAGAAGAAAUCAAGUAGAAACCAAGGAGGACGAUCAUGGAUACGUCGAAACCGACUCGACCGGCCGGUACGGUAGGUUUGAUGAAGUGCUUGGCAAAGGAGCAAUGAAAACAGUUUAUAAGGCAAUUGAUGAAGUUCUAGGAAUGGAGGUGGCUUGGAAUCAAGUCAAGCUUAAUGAGGUGCUUCGUUCGCCGGACGACUUGCAGAGAUUAUACUCAGAGGUUCACCUUCUCAGUACACUCAACCAUGACUCCAUCAUCCAAUUUCACACCUCAUGGAUAGAUGUUCAUCACAAAACCUUCAACUUCAUCACUGAAAUGUUUACUUCAGGAACUUUGAGAGGAUAUCGAAAGAAAUACAAGCGAGUAAACAUUCGAGCCAUUAAGAACUGGGCAAGACAGAUCUUACAAGGCCUUGUCUAUUUACAUGGUCAUGACCCUCCAGUAAUCCACAGAGACUUGAAAUGUGACAAUAUCUUUGUCAAUGGACAUCUUGGACAGGUCAAGAUUGGUGAUCUAGGCCUUGCAGCAAUCCUCCGAGGCUCCCAAUCCGCGCAUAGUGUUAUAGGCACCCCAGAGUUCAUGGCACCAGAAUUAUAUGAAGAGGAUUACAAUGAGCUUGUUGAUGUUUACUCAUUUGGCAUGUGUGUUUUAGAGAUGCUAACUUCUGAGUACCCUUACAGUGAAUGUGUUAAUCCAGCACAAAUUUACAAGAAAGUGACAUCGGGGAAAUUACCUGCAGCAUUCUACCGGAUUCAGGACUUGGAAGCGCAGCGAUUUAUUGGAAAAUGCAUAGUAACUGCUUCGAAAAGAGUAUCAGCGAAAGAACUACUGCUUGAUCCGUUUCUUGCUUCUGAUAAAGCUGAACCAUCACCUGUUUCAAGGAUUGGAAAUCCAAAGCCAUUUUUAAAUUGUACUGAAAUGGAGAAGCUACAACUGAGUGAAGAUGAUUCAACAAGAACAAACAUGACUAUCACAGGAAAGCUUAAUCCUGAAGAUGAUACCAUCUUUCUUAAAGUACAAAUUGCUGAUAAAGAUGGCAUUUUAAGGAAUAUAUAUUUUCCUUUCGAUAUUUUACAUGAUACUCCAAUAGAUGUUGCAAUGGAGAUGGUUAAGGAGCUGGACAUAGAUGAUUGGGAACCGAUUGAAAUUGCUGAAAUGAUUGAUGGAGAGAUUUCAUCUCUGGUGCCAAAUUGGAAGAAAUGGGACUUACCUCAAACUGGAGCCUAUCACAUAUUCAACUACCAAGAAGACGAUAGGACUAAUAAUCCUUUCCACCCUUCUUCCUCAUGUUCAUCAUCUCAAGCAUCCAUAUCUGGAAUAAAGACAAAUUGGCUUCAAGAUGACUUGUUUGAUGAUACAAGCUCUGAAAGCUCUUCACACUCAGGAUCAUAUUCCAACUUGAAUUACAUUUCGGGCGAUGAUCACAAAUUUGAUACCACCAAAACAGGAAGAGAUAAGCAUUUAAUCACAAGGUCUCACAAUUCAACAAGAUUCUGUCCUGAAGACAAUUCAAAAUCUUUUGUUGGUCAAGCAAUUGCUAGAGAUGCCUACAAACACUGCAAGAAUUUGUUGGAGUCACAAAAUGGAGGAGCUCUAACAAAAAGGGUAAUUGAAAGCCGGAGAUUAACAAGGAACCGGUCGUUAGUAGAUGUUCGUAGCCAGUUAUUACACCGGUCAUUAGUCGAAGAAGUUAACAAGAGAAGAUUGUUCAAGACGGUUGGAGCAGUUGAAAAUGUAGGUUUUGUACCACCUCCUUUGGAUAAUAAAAAGGCGUCACAAAAGAAAUCGAGCAGAAGAAAAUAAAAAGUGAUAACUUUUGUCUGAAUUGGAGAACAAAGGAAAAUUAAGGCUUCAACUAUGAGCUAAACUAAUGAGGAAGAUUUGGAAAUCAUCCAUGUCUGGAUAGUAUUGAGAAGAUUCACUUAUACUAUCCAAUGUAAUAUACAUUGUGCAUUAGAAGACUAUGGCCUCUAUGUUAGGGCCUGUUUGGCUGAGCUGUUCCGGAGACAAAUGUUCGACAUUUGAGUUCCUAGUAAUUAGUUCAAAGGGUAUACAGUAAAACUAGCAUUUAGUUUAGAGCCGCGGUUCAAGACUACUUGUUUAUGGUUCAAAAUUAUAACUGAAACGCUGAAAAUUGAAAUUUUCAGCUGUUAGCAUUUCGACUUUCAAGUGCAGCCGGUGGACAAGGCUACAAAUAUUAUUUAUGUUUAUAUCCCAAAAUAAAGAAAUAUGUUUAAUGAGUUAGUUAACAAGCAUAUCUAUAUGUAAAUAGUACCUUUUUGGUGGAGCAAGCAAGACUAUUGAAUAGUACCUUGAUGCUCACUCUUAAAUAUAGUGAACUGUGUGCAUAUAUAUCUUGGUUUGAUGAGGUGUGAGAAUAAAAGCAUAAAUGAAAAUUGUGAUUUUGUAUUUUU